CCCACCAAAAAUCCCUUCUUCCAUAUCCGAAUCGUUGCAGGAAGCAGCGUCAUUGCCCUCCAUCUCUGCUCCAGUUACAUCCCAGUGUUUCCAGUUCGGUCGCCUGUUCUGUCUUACCCAAACUCCGUCUCAGAAAGAGUGGCCCUGAGAGCGCAGUUCAAAAUGAGGCUGUGUGAAUUGCUGGUGACUCUCUCCUUGUUUCUGGUAGACGUAAAUGGCGAUAACAUAGACGACAGUUGUACAGAGACAAACGCCACUGUUGAACAGACAAUGGACAGUGUGACUCACAUAAAUUCAAGUAUAUAUGCAAUCCGAUGUGUCAUCUAUGAUGAAGAUAAAUUAAAUUGUUCCUGGAGCACAGACUCACUUCCUGAGAAUGCACAGUAUUCUGCCUUUUACAUUCUAGACGAGAGCAACGAAGUCCAUCAUCUAAAUUGUGUCUCAGAUAGUUCAAAAAAAUUGGUUGAAUGCCACAGAGGGAACAAUUUUUUUGAGGAUUCAUGUCUGUCUGUUAAGGUCAACGUUACAAUAAAUGGCUACUGGUACAUCAUCUUGCAAAAUUAUGAAACAACAGAAAUCGAAGUGCCAAGUCCCCCAGAAAUUACUAUACAUUUAUAUAAGUCAAGAAACUUAGAGAUACAGUGGUUGCAGACAAGAAGUUUUAGUUCUAAACUGAACAAAUGUUUUACGUAUGGUCUGAAGAUUAAUAAUGAGUUAGUAAAUGUGACCAAUAAAUUGGCAUAUAACGUGACAAACUUUGAACCAACAAAGAGUUAUACUAUUCAAAUAAGAUCCAAACAAACAAAAAGCUGUGUCACUAAUGCUCAAUGGAGUGAGUGGAGUACACCCAUUGUGGUCGGCCCAGCUAAGCCUACCUACGAGCUUAAUGCAGGUGUGAUUGCAUCCAUUGUUUUUGUGCUUCCUAUGAUUCUUUUGGCUUUUCUGCUGGUCUGCAAGUUCCAGAGGUUAUUUGAUAAGCUGUUUCCUUCCAUUCCAAACCCAUCCAGGAAUGUCCAAAUGAUUCUUGAGAAAAACUAUUACAAUCAGGAUAUGCCAGCUAAACAAUGUGAAGAAGGGGCGGAAAUCCUUGAGGUGAUCGGUUGAACAAUUCUACAUUGACGUCUUUAAAAAAAACCCAGCAUUAUCUACAUUAUAGAAAACUGGUCAGACUUUGUGAGACUCUGCACAAAUAGGAUAAGUUAAACAGAGUUUGAGGAUGUUGCAUGUUGCACACUUCUCAGUGGUUAUUAGGUGUAAAAGAGGGGCUAAAACAGAAUAGUUCUGCAGACAGCUGUGGUUAUAAGUGAGUGAACAAAAGCACGAGCUAUCGCCUUAUGUGUCAUUUUUCCUGCCCCAAAAAAGCCAACAGUAUUAUUGUAUCACUGUUAUGCCUUAUGCUCAAUGUUUUCAGUUAAAUACACAACAUGAACAAGCCUAUGGGUUGUGCAGAUACUGUGAUGUUCUUCAGCACUGUCUUUAUAGCAAUCAGUUAAAAUGCUUUAGUACAUAUAUUUUAUAUCCAAAUAACGCAGAAAAUAUAAACAGGUUGUAUAAUGAAUAUAUAUACACUACCAGUCAAAAGUUUGGACACACCUUCUAAUUCCAUGGUCUUUCCUGAUGUUUAUUUCUUUCUACAUUGUAAAACAAUGUUGAAGGCGGCCGAAAUACACAAUAAUCUCCUUUGAACAGUUGAUAUUGAGAUAUGUCUGCUACUGAUGCUCUGUAAAGCCUUCAUAACGGCUCUAAUCUGAGGUGCUAAUAAUUGGUGAUUUCUAAGGCUGAUUUUCUUCAGCAGAGGUAAGUUUUGGUCUUGCUUUACUGGGAUGGUCUUCAUGUGAGCCAGUUUCAUCAUGGUGCUCGAUGGGUUUUGUAAAUGCACUUGACAAUACUGUUCUUGCAAGAACUAUUCCAGAACACCUGACCUUCGUGUCUUAAAAUAACAACUGACUGUUUUUUGUUGUCGUUACAUAUGGAUUACUUAAGUCCAUGUGUGUUAUUUCAUAGUUUUGAAAUCUCCAGUAUUGUUCUAGAAUGUAGAAAAUAAAUCCCCAAACAAAAAACAUUGAAUUAAAAGGUGUGUCCAAACUUUUGACUGGUAGUGUAGAUUCAUACAUUUCUUUCAAGUGUCUCACUGUUUAUUGCUGUAAUUAUUUUUAGCAAGCCUAUGACUAAAUGCACAUCCUUCCCUUAAAGGCAUUAGAGCAUUUCACAUGGGUACUUUCCAUCGUGUUUAUGUGUACAAAAGCUUUGUAAUAUCUAGCACAGUAUGCUUUAUAUUUCAUAUUUCCCAUGGUCUCAGUGUGAAACAUUUUGACACAAGGACAUCGGAUACAGGACUGAUUGGUUUUUCUUAUAAUGGUUUCUUUUUGUGUUUAUUCUUUGAUUCAUACUGAACAAUUCUGAAGAUCCUAUGCACUGAAAUUGAUCUCGGAUCAGGAUGCUCACGUCCGUGUCGUGUAUUUUUGUGUACAUAAUUUAUUCGUUUUAACAAAAGUUGUAUUUUUUCAUAUUGUACUUUUUCAUCUUUUUUCAAUAUUUCGGAUUUAUUUUAAAAUUCAUGAAAUCUUCAAUGACCCGGAUGUAUAUAUGCCAGUUCUGGGUAGUAGCAAGAAGGGCAGAUUAAAGAUUUGCCUCUUGUGCCUGGUGUACCGCUAACAAAGAUCACUAUGUGCUUUAAAUAACAAAGUGGGUGAUAAAAAAAAAAAAAAAUGAAAACAGGUGCUGAAAUAGAUUUUCUUGUGCUGCAAUUUAAGACUAUUUAAUAAACUAGAAUGUAUUUCUA